UGAUGUCCCAACAACAAAUUAAAUAUUUGAAAUUCCAACCAAAAGCAAUAAUAAUUGGAAGCCCAAUACAAUAUCGGCUACUGUGAUCAAACAACUAUUUUAUCCAUUAAGUACCACCAUACUCCGAUCGAAUGGGUCCAUCUGAGGAUCCAAUGCUUCGACUUGGAGCAUCAAGAGCUGGCAAAUGCAUUAAAACUUCGCCUACCUCCAAAAUCCAAAUUGCUUAGAAGUUAUCAAACAAAAAUCCCGCUGUGGCAGCUCGUGUUUUUGAUGGAUGAGGACAAUGUCUUAUCCGCCAAUGUGAUGUGAUCAAUAGCUUCACGCGUUGCCCCACCAAACCCACCUGAGGGCCAAGACCUGAACGUGUCAAAAAAGCCAAUCACCAACGAAGCCUCUCCGUGCAAGAUAAGACAAUCCCUAUACAUAUACGAACCGAUCACCAUAGAUCUAUUGAUCUCAUCUCCCCUCAAUCGACACCAGUUUUCACAACCAUGUCUCUGCGAACCAAAUCCAAAAGCAUCAAAGAAACACCACCACCAACCGAGAAGACUACCAAAACUCCGAAAACACAAUCCUUUGAGGAAGAAGAAAGCUUAAUAGAGAAACCCCUCCCACCCCCGGCCAGCCUCUCUCGACAAGCACUGGCUCAGGCUAUAACAAGCACGGCUCACUUGGCCAACCUCCUCCCCACCGGCACCCUCCUCGCCUUCCACCUCCUCACCCCGGUCUUCACCAAGAAUGGCUCAUGCGACGCGGCUACCCGGUUCAUGACGCGCAGCCUCCUCCUCCUCCUCGCUGCCUCCUGCUUCCUUGCCUGCUUCACAGAUAGCUUUCGAUCGCCGGACGGGCGAUUAUACCACGGCUUCGCCACUCUUCGAGGGAUGUGGCUCUUCGAUUACCCCUUGCCGCCCUCCUCGGCACCGCCGGACCUGUCCAAGUACAGGCUAAGGUUCGUAGAUUUCGUGCAUGCGGUGCUUUCGGUGCUCGUGUUCGCAUCGGUGGCGUUAAGAGACAAGAAUGUGGUCGAUUGCUUCUAUCCACAGCCGAAGCAUGAGACCAAGGAGGUCUUGGACAUCUUGCCGCUGGGGGUAGGGGUUAUAUGCAGCUUGCUGUUUGUAGUCUUCCCUACAAGAAGGCGCGGCAUUGGCUAUCCGGUUGCCAACGAGAAUUGAGAGGGUUUUGUCCUCAAAUAUGUUCCUCUUGUGCUGUCGAUGAUUUACUUUGUUUAAUUUGUUUGCGAGAACCAAUUCUCAAAUUCAUGUACUCGUGAAACGUGAAUAGCUUCAAAAGAACUGGAGUUUUGGUGCGAUA